GAAUCGAGCUGGCAACUUGUAUCUGAACAUAAGCCCAUUUAUGAUGUCCAAUUGGCCCAUUCAUCAUUUGGGUUCUUAACUGAUCAAACCUUCAUCUGAUUCCGGCAUUCUGCCGCCACGAAGAUGCAUCGUUCACGCUAAUCGAUCGUCUCGUCUUCUACAUCUGAAGAAGUUUAAACUGUUUACAGAAUAUACCCAUAUACCAAAUGAUUAAUUUAACUCAAUUUUUAGGAUAUUACAGCCACAUUAUCUGUAUCAAUGUCGAGGUCUAAAGCAAUCAUUGGUUUGAUUAGACCGAUGAGACAACUCAUUAUAUCCAGAGUGUCAAUCACGAGCUACGAACAAAACACUAUGACACGAUAUCAUCUACAUACGCCUGCCAAUGUAAAUCACUUACACGACCGCUUCAACAAACAAACCACUAGUCACGACGUUGAAACGAUGGGAAAGGUCAAAAGUGCGCACGUGUCUAAAAAGGUUAAAAUCAGCGAUUUCGUAAGUACACUUGUUGAUCUUGACGACAGUAAAGAAUCAGUAUACGGUGCACUUGACGCGUGGGUUGCAGAGGAACAAGAAUUCCCGAUCGGACGGGUCAAAACCGCGUUAAUCACGCUUGAACGAAAACAACAAUGGCAUAAAGUCGUGCAGGUUAUUAAAUGGACGCUAAGCAAGGGGCAGGGUGUAACGGUUGGGACAUACGGGCAGUUAAUACGCGCAUUAGAUAUGGAUCACAGAGUCGAAGAAGCAAAUAGGUUAUGGGUUAAGAAACUUAGUAGAGACGUGCAGUCGAUACCUUGGAAGGUGUGUGAUAUCAUCAUACUUGUGUAUUAUAGAAAUGGAAUGUGGAAAGAGUUGGUGAAGCUUUUCAAAGAGCUUGAAUCGCAUGGUCGUAAGCCUCCGGAUCGAGCUAUUGUACGAAAGGUAGCGGAAUCAUAUGAGGCGUUAGGUUUAGUUGAAGAGAAGGAUCGCGUUAUGGAGAAAUACGCGAGUUUAUUCAAGACACGAGGCAGGUAUGGAAGGAAUCCUGGUAAAGAAGUAGCGAAAUCAAAGAUUUCGCAGUAAAUGAGUUACAAGGGUGUUAUUAAAGAUUCAUAGUGAGGAUCAUGAAUUGUACAUCAUCCCUUUUGCUCAUGUUAACAUAGGUAACUUGUCAUCCAAGAAACACAAUUCUCUACCAGAAAAUGUUUUGAGUGAAAAUCUUUUGGUAUGGUUUUGACCUUGGUUUUAAGGGUUUGGUUUAGAAGAAUAUGAAGGUGUGACAUUUUGUAGUUUUAAAUUGUGUUAGUUUUUUUGUUA